UCUCCCUGUCUUGCUCUGUCAAUAACAAUGCAGAAGGCGGCCGCAACUCGUUCGGCUGAGAUCCAGCAGGUCAAAGAGGAGCUCUACCGCAUGAUGUCCGAAAACAGGGACAAGAUAGGAAACCAGAAGGGCCUGAUCAAGCACCUCUCAUCCCAUGUGGAGCCUAAACCCGAGGACCCCGUCUGGCGCUUCUAUCGCAGGGCAAAAUGGUACCAUUUAGUCAUGAUGUAUAGCCCAGCAUUCCUUUAUGGCUACAUGUCUAUGAUGGAUGUGCCUGAUGGCAAGAAGGAGAUGACACCAGCUGAGAAGAAUGAUUUUAACAAGAGGAUGGCCGCGUUGAUGCCCAAUGUUGAACUUUGAGGACAGCUAGUUGCAUAGCGACUAACCCCAGCACUUUAUGUAGUUGCCAUUGCUCUGUUUGGACACUGCGGCUUUGUUAGACUAAAUUAUCUGUCAUGUUCAGUGCGGUUGUAUUAUGGUAAGCCUGA